UGAUGAUCCAUAAGACUGGAGUUUGUCCUCAAACAUUCAGAGGAAUGAUCAGAUAAACCAUCAGGCUGUAGCAGAGAGAGCUACUGUGACGUCUCUUGAUCAUGGAGUCCAUGCCGGUUCAGCGUGUUUGUGGAGUAUUGGUGUUACUCGGUGUAUGUUUGGUGUCAUUCACUCCAUGCUGCGAUGGAGGAAAUAUCCUGGUGUUUCCUUUAGACUGGAGUCACUGGAUCAACAUGAAGAUCCUGCUGGUAGAGCUCCACACCAGGGGACACAACAUCACAGUGAUCAGACCCUCCAACAGCUGGUACAUCGAUGAAAAGUCACCUCUCUAUACCUCUAUUAGCUUCCCAACCAAAGAAACAGAGACUCCUAUUGAUGAUUACAUAAAGAAGAAUAUAAUGGUGCAGAGAGAGGGAGCAUCUUUAAUCACUAUCUUAAAACUCAUUCAGAAUCUUUUUGCUGUUCUUUUUGAAAUUCAUACAAUAUGGGUUGAUAUGAUUGGCAAUAUCUUAGAUGAUAAAAAUGCGGUCCAAAGCUUACUGGAUGCCAAAUAUGAUCUAGUUCUCACUGACCCAGCCACUGUAGCAGGAUUGGUAUUAGCUAAACAUCUCAAACUGCCCUCAGUGCUCAAUGUUCGCUGGAUCCCUGCAGGAGAUGGACACUAUGUGAUCGCCCCCUCACCCCUCUCCUAUGUCCCAUCCCUUGGAUCAGGAUUGACAGACAAAAUGACCUUCAUCCAGAGGGUCAAGAAUUUUUUCUAUCAUGGUGUUAUUGAAUACCAGCAGAGAUUUGUACUAGGGCCACGCUAUGAAUCCCUCUGUGAUAAAUACGUUGAAGGUGGAUGCAGCGUCACCUCACUCCUUCAAGACGCAGACAUUUGGCUGUUCAGAUCAGAUUUUGUUUUUGAUUUUCCUCGACCCACAAUGCCAAAUGUCGUCUAUAUGGGAGGGUUUCAGUGCAAACCAGCUCAGCCUCUGCCAGCAGACCUGGAGGACUUUGUUCAGAGUGCAGGUGAGCACGGAGUCAUCAUCAUGUCUCUGGGAUCCGUGGUUGAUGCUUUGCCUGAAGACCUUGCAGAUGCAUUUGCCAGGGUCUUUGCCAAGAUGCCCCAGAAGGUGAUCUGGAAGCACAAAGGAAAGACACCCUCUACUCUGGGCAACAACACCCUCAUGGUGGACUGGAUGCCCCAGAAGGACCUCCUGGGCCACCCUCAGACCAAAGCCUUUGUAGCUCAUGGAGGCACCAAUGGAGUCCAGGAAGCCAUCUACCACGGGGUCCCUGUUCUCGGCAUACCGGUGUUCUUUGACCAGUAUGACAACCUGCUACGCCUGCAGGAGAGAGGAGCGGGAAAGAUCCUGGACCUAGCUUAUGCCAACGAGCAAAGCUUUGAGCAAAUGCUCAAGGAGGUGCUCUAUCAGGACAGCUACAGACAGAACAUUCAGAGGUUGUCCCGUCUGCACAGGGACCAGCCGCUGGCACCCAUGGAUCAGGCUGUAUUCUGGGUGGAGUAUGUGAUACGCCAUAAAGGGGCUCCUCACCUUCGUACAGAGGCCUAUAAGAUGCCCUGGUACUCAUACCACUCUUUAGAUGUACUGCUAGUAUUGAUGACAGCAGUGACUGUGCUGCUGCUCUCAGCUUUAGCAGUUUUAAGGUUUCUAUGCUGCAGACGCAGAAGGAAGUCCAAAACCAAACAACACUGAUUCAGAUCAGAUUUGACACAAAGAAAAAUUCUGGAAUGAAUCCUUUUAAUCUUCGUAUUUUUAAAGAAAUUGAUAAGUUAAGUGAUUUCAUUGAUAUCUUAUCAUUAGUCAAGAGGUAAAUGGAAGUCAACAGCAUUGUUGACUUCCAUUUAUUGUUGCAUUGUUAGGAACAUUGUAAAAGUUGACAUAUUCCAAAGAUUUUAGCUUAAAUACCAAAAAGCCACGAGUGAUUAUUCAUUGAAAAUGAUGAUGCCAGCAGUACCAUAUGAAACGCUUGAAUCACGAUAAUAAAAGCUUCUUGUCUAGUUCACAUUAUGUACUCUACUCUUUGGGGCAAUGCAUGUCUGUGGCGCCAUAAGUUUUGUUGCCCUGAUUGGCUUGAAUGUGACAAACCUAAGGUAAUAUAUUCUACUGGCAAAUUACGGCACUUCCUCUCUGAGAUCAGUGGUGUCUCAGAUGCCAUCAAAGAUAUGCGGUCUGCAGCCAGACCACUCUCGAAAAGUUAAUUCUCACACAAAAUGAUUCUGUCUUGCUAAAUGUUGAAGCAUAAACAUCUCAGAAAUGCUCAAAGCCGCCAAGUUUACCCAUGUUAGUCAUUAUAGAGCUGUUUUAGUGGUGUAUUUGGCUAACCCUGUAGUUGAUUGGGCAGUGGGAAUCUAAAUGUGAAUGAGAUUUUGGAAAAGCCAGCCUGAAAUAUGUACCAAGAUGACAUC